AACACAUAUUGAUCGUUUUAGACUAUGCUUUAUCUUUGUUACUCUUCAGCCAGAGCAGCUUGACUAAAUGAGGAAGUAUGACGAUUAUAGAUACGUGUAGAUAUUUAACGACUAUUUAGAUACACAGGAACCGCCCGGUAGCAAUCAUCGUUGCAAGCGGUUCAUUGUGCAUUUCGGGCUACUAUUUAAAAAUAUCUUUUACUUGUGUCCAUUUGUGCACAGUAAAACAGUAAGUCUUACGGACCUAGUUUAAACAUGGAGGAAGUGGCGAAGGAGUACAUAAAUUAUGCAAGACAAUUCACUUCCACAAACAGCUUAAGUAAAGCAUUCGAUAUGUACAUGUUGGCGUUCGAGAAAUGUCCAGCGAUAAAAAAUCGGUACGAGCCCGAAUUCCGUAAUGUAAUCAUCCAACUGAACGAAAUGCUGGCGGAGGACGACAGAAUGGAAGACCUCUUUAAUAAUUUCGGGAAAUCGAUUCGAAUGUUUCCAACCAACAUUCACCUGUUGAAUGACAUCGGAAAAUACCUAUACAAGUUCGGCUUUUACUCCGAAGCUUGGAAUCAUUUUCACGAUGCGAUAUUUUUAGAUACCGGAACGGUAAAUGCCGAGAAAAAUUUAAACUCUGUUAAAAAUCUUCUGGUUGACCGUUGGCAAUAUAGACUGCUGAAUGAUAAAAUACGCAACGAAACAUACCGUCAGGCCAUUCACGACACGCUCAAGCCGUUCAAAGACACAGUCUUGGACCUUGGUACUGGUACUGGUAUAUUGUCGAUGUUUGCUCAUGAACUAAAACCAAUUGCUGUCACCGCUGUUGAUACUUCUGAAGCUAUGACGCAAUUAGCUGAAUGCGUAACCCAAGGCAGUGGCAUUCUAGAUAUCGUCAUUCUUAACAACGUACCUACAACAAUGAACUUCUUAGACAUCGGUGGUAAAAGGUCUCUUUUAAUCACAGAAAUGUUUGAUGCCGGUUUGUUCGGUGAACAGAUUUUGCAAACUUUAACUCAUGCUUGGGAGAAUUUUAUUUCCAAUGUGGGUAGAAUCUUGCCUAAGAGGGCCGAGUUUUUUGUUGUUGGAGUUAAGAGUGAUGAUCUCAUUAGGAAGUACCAGUUGCAAUCAUCAACUAAAACUCUUCUUAACAUUCCUAACCUCAAUGUUCAUAUUUUGAACCACAACGAAACCUAUGAUUCUGAAGAUGUUCACCUGUAUAAGGAUCUAGUAUACAUGACAGAUACAAAGUCUCUCGUGAAAGUUGAUUUCAACAAUCCUGAUGACUUAAUGGAGAAAUUAAAAAGAACUGAACCUUAUGAAGUCGAAUUCCGAACUAAGGAGAAAGGGGAAAUAAAUGCUGUUAUUGGCUGGUUCAAUUUGUAUUUGUCUGAUAAGAUUUCUCUGACUACAAAUCCUCGUUCACCUAAACGAUCUAACGCCUGGCAACAAGCAGUCUUUUUUGAUAAUAUCCCUCGACAUGUCAAAGAAAAUGAAACCAUUAAAUUGGAUUUUUUUAUGAAUGCAGGAAAACUAACACUAGGCAAAGAUUCUAACUCUCACAUUGUUCGGAUUUCCCCCGAGAUUCUCAGAUUUUUGAAUGACGCAGAGUUUAUUAACGCUGUGAUGGGAUGUAUUGGCAUGGCCAGUGUUUACUUGGGUCAAAUGACUGAUAUGUCACAAAUAUCUAUUGCUGAUUUGUCUCCGUUCCCGUUGUUUGGCUUGCAGAUGCUUAAAAGGGGCGCUCAAUCACUGAUUUGCGUUGCUAAAACUCUCAGUGACAAACGCUUUUUCAAGAAAGUAUUUAGAGCUAACAAAGUUUCACUCUCGAAAGUGAAUAUCCUUGUUGGAGAUGAAUGGGACCAAGAGGUAUUUGGAGAAGACAAAUACCAUGCCAUAGUUGGCAACUUUUUGGAUUUGUGCGGCGAUAUUGACUUGCGUAUGAAGGAAAUAUGUCUACAUCUAAAACAUCUCCAUCUUUUGCCAGGCGGUCUGUACAUGCCUGCCGAAAUAAGAAUGAUAGCGCAGGUGAUCCGUAGCCAUUGGGUAGAUAUCAACAAUAAAGUUUACGAUGAAAACGUCUGCGAUUUUAAGGUGGCCACACAUUUGAACAGAUUCUCUAUUUCUCAAAAUUUCUGUAUCGACUUCGGGCUUUUGGAAUAUGAAGCUCUAACAGAUCCUGUGGCGGUCGGCACAUGUAGCGAAGAAAUGGUCACGGACUCCGCUCUUGUGGUAGUCAAAAAGGGCGGGGAAGCUAACGCAGUACUCUGUUGGUAUAGCAUUGAACUGAUGGAAGAUUUGUGUGAAAUAUCAACCGGCAGAGGCGAUAGUUUCAUCGAUGGCCUCUUGUACUUGCCGCCUAAGAACGUCAAUUUGGAGAGUGGAGAAGAAAUUAAACUGUUACGCAGCACGGACGUCGAAGGCGCAUUCAAGGUAACAAUUGAACCGCCUGUCCCACCGCCGGCAGCGCCUAAAGAGCCAGAAGAAUCUGCUGAUGCCAUGGAUGAAGCGGCAGCACUCCCAACCGCUGCUGCUGCAGCCGCCGUUUGAAUUACACCAUAUAUACGGUACAUCUCACGUAUUGAUCUAAAGGUUUUAGAUUUUAGGUAAUCUACGUAAUGUUAAUUUAUGUUCGCACCUUGUAUACACUUCAGUGUUGUUACAUCUUUGUAUUAUAUAAUACUUACAUUAGAAAACACUGCAUUCACACUUCUGUAGUGAUACCAUGAAAUUGUUAAAACGAUUCAUUGUACAUGAUACAAUUGGUAAAAUGUGAGCUUAUUUUGGUAUGAUUUAAUUGAAUGGAAUAUACAGGGAGUGUUUGGCAACCGUAAGUUAGUUAAUUUUUUUUUUAUGUUUUUGUCAGUGUAUUUCUAGUCCACUGAGUUUCUCGUGGGAUCUUUUCGAUGCGUCGCGAUUGCGAUACGAUGGUAGAUUCGGCGAAGCACUGCUCUUGCUAGGGCUGAUGUUAGUAAAUUCUUUCAAGUCUAGUCCUUGAGCUCAACUACCCGUUCUGGUGUAGCUGGAAUAGCCUCUUAAGCUACCAGCGAAUAGGUAGGGGAAAAAAUGUAUGUAUUUUUAAUAACCUAUAUUUUUCCCUACCUCAUUUUCUAACACCGACCCUAGCAAGAACAGUGCUUCGCUGAAUCUACCACCGGAUCGGAAUGGCUACCCACUGGGAAGAUCCGGCAAGACACUUAAUGGGUUGUGUCUACGUGGUGCCUAGUUCGCUCUUCGGACUCUUCGUGGUAAUCGAAGACUAUUUCUAAAAGGCUAAAUUAAUAAAAAAAGAGCGCAACACAGAGAUCUGGUCAAUCUUAGUUUUAAAAAAAAACCUGCACUUUCGCCAAAUGAAUGUGAUCGAUUUUUGUGCCAUUCUAUUUUGGAAUAUAUUUUUUAACUACUUUUAUGACGGCUCAAAAUCAACGUUUACUUAGGUAUUAUUUAUUGUAUCCUGAGGAGUAAUUGAAAAGGGUAUCAAAUAUCUGUCUUUUAAUAUCAUAUCAAUUAACUAAAAUUAAAAGACUCUUGUUACACACGAGAGCCCCAAAAAAAUUAUGUUUAAUGUUAAUAUGUGGAUUUUUAACGUAAAUCACGAUUAAUGUAAUAGAUUCAUACGGUAGUCAACCUUUUUAUCUCAAACUAAUUAAUAAGCUUAAUGUAACCUAAAGUUAGUUUAUCCCCCAUUAUGAUAUAUUAACUGUUAGGUUUAACUUUAUCUAGCUGUCAAGAGAUUGAUGUGAACUUAUUUACCUACUUAGUGCAAGUCGCUACACUUGCUAGUAAAAAAGAAAAUAAAUGUCAAAACUAUCAAUAAUCAAUCAGUUUAGUUACCUAAUCAAGAUACUUAAUAGAUACUUAAGGAUUGCUUUUGUUUUCUAUCUUCUUGGUGUUCAAGGUUAACAUCAAAAGAGAGUAAACACUAUAAUCCACAUACACCACGUUUAAUAAUUACUAGAUAUUACAUAUUAUUAUUAUUUCCAAUAUGAUAUUUGAAAUGAAAUAAAAGUAGAAAUAAUACUAGAAA